CGACAGUCUCAGAGCACAGGAGGAGCGCAGUGUAACCUGAUCAAAUUGGUUAGGAGAAAAUCACACAUGAAAGGAACAAGAAUAGUUAUUCCAAUGUAAAAUGGAGGAUAGUUUUGAUUGCGACUGUGGUGAGCUCGAGCCACCUGAUCAUUGAGGGGAAGCGUUCGAAGUGAGAUCAGCUGAUAAGUUGUGCUUUAGAAUCAGGUGGUCUGGACAGGGAGAAAAAAAAAAAAAAAAAGAUUAGAAUAAUAAAAUUUGUGCUGCUUGGCACAUUAGAAUGAUGCUGCUCAGGACCAGUCAUACACUGAAUGUAUCUGCACUGUGAGGAUGAAAAUGGACACUUCUAUUAUUUCUUUUGAGUUCAUAGGUUUAUAAUUGGCCUCCAAAUCCAUUCCAUUAAAACCUAUCGCAGUAGAGUUUCAGAAAACCGCGAUUCAUUUAGAAGUUAAUGGUUUGAAAAAAAAGAAUCCCAAGUACCUAUAUUGAGAUUAAACGGCUUGAAUUUUCUGAACAAUGACAACACAGUCUGGUAACAUAUCAAAAAGCUCUCUUAGUUGAAAGACUGUGAGGGCCAGGCAGGGGGGAACUCGCAAGUCCUUUUGUGACUUUAUCUGCCCAAAACAUCUGAAUAAGGAAAAAGUAGUUUCAGGAUUUUCUGAUAUCGUCACGGGCAAGUGAACUGCAAUCCAAAAUUUCCUCUGGCUGUAUUGGUCGUAACCAAAUCGAGAUCCUUUUAAAGUAACUUGAGGAAGAGGUUUCUGCCGAAGAUAAAAUGGCAGAGAAAUUCGAAAGCCUCAUGAAUAUUCAUGGCUUCGACCUGGGCCCCCGUUACAUGGACCUGAAGCCGCUCGGCUAUGGUGGAAACGGUCUGGUUUUCUCCGCUGUGGACACAGACUGUGACAAGAGGGUGGCAGUGAAGAAGAUAAUCCUCACAGACCCCCAGAGUGUGAAACACGCCCUGCGGGAGAUAAAAAUCAUCCGACGCCUCGACCACGACAACAUCGUCAAGGUGUUCGAGACCCUGGGCCCCUGCGGCAGGCGGCUGACGGAGGAUGUGACCUCCCUGACGGAGGUGAACUCUGUCUACAUCGUUCAGGAGUACAUGGAGACGGACCUGUGUAAACUGCUGGAGCAGGGACUCCUCUCGGAGGGUCAUGCCCGUCUCUUCAUGUACCAGCUCCUGCGUGGCCUCAAAUACAUCCACUCUGCCAACGUCCUGCACAGAGACCUCAAGCCUGCCAACCUCUUUGUCAACACAGAGGACCUGGUACUGAGAAUUGGAGACUUUGGACUGGCUCGAAUUAUGGACCCGCAUUAUUCCCAUAAGGGUCACCUCUCCGAAGGCCUGGUCACAAAGUGGUACAGAUCACCGCGCCUGCUGCUCUCCCCCAAUAACUACACCAAAGCCAUCGACAUGUGGGCAGCCGGCUGCAUCUUCGCCGAGAUGCUGACGGGGAAGACCCUCUUUGCAGGUGCUCAUGAGCUGGAGCAAAUGCAGCUGAUCCUGGAGUCCAUUCCUGUGAUCCAUGAGGAGGACAGGCUGGAGCUGCAGAGUGUUAUCCCUGUGUUCAUUAAGAACGACAUGUCCGAACCACAGACUCCGCUGGCCAAACUGCUGCCAGGCGUCAGUGCUGAGGCCUUGGAUUUCCUGGAGAAAAUCCUGACCUUCAACCCCAUGGAUCGGCUAACUGCGGAGGAAGCCCUGGCUCAUCCUUACAUGAGUGAUUACUCCUUUCCCUUGGACGAGCCAAUCUCCAGCCAUCCCUUCCACAUCGAGGACGAGGUGGAUGACAUCCUGCUGAUGGAUGAGAGUCACAGCCACGUCUAUAACUGGGACAGGUACCAUGAUAGCCAGUUUUCUGACCAAGACUGGCAUCUCCACAGUACCCAUGAGGCCGAGGAGGUUCAGCGAGACCCCCGCGCCAUGUCGGACUUCACCGACGAGGAGGAGGUGCAGGUGGACCCUCGUAAGUACAUGGACGGAGACCGCGAGAAGUUCUUGGACGAUCCCUCCUUCGACACCAUGUUUCCGCCGGAGCGGUCGUGGCAGUACGAGGACCACCACGAGAACAAGUACUGCGACCUGGAGUGCAACCACACCUGCAACUACAAGGCCGUGUCGCCGUCCUACCUGGACAACCUCGUCUGGCGCGACAGCGAGGUCAACCACUACUACGAGCCCAAGCUUAUCAUCGACCUGUCCAACUGGAAGGAGCAGCAGAGCAAGGAGAAAGCGGAUAAGAAAGGGGUCAAAACCAAGUGCGAGAAAAACGGCUUGGUCAAGGCACAGAUCGCCCUGCAGGAGGCCUCCCAGAACCAGGCGGAGAAAGACUGGGAACAGGAAAAGAACCAGAACCAGGGCUUCGAUUUCGACUCCUUCAUCGCCAGCACCAUCAAGCUCAGCCUGCAGCCCGAGCCCUGCGAGGUCGGCCUCCUCAACGAGCUCAACAGCUCCGUGUCCCAGAUGGAAAGCCGUAACUCCAUGUCCAAGUCCAUAAGCCAGGAGAAAGAGGAGAAGUGCUUGGUCAACCUGGCCCAGCUGGGGGGCCGAGCACCCAAUCCCUGGGAGAGUUUCACCGGAUACGUGGGCGUCCCGGGCGAGGAGAGCUGCCUGAUCGACGAGGCUUGCUGGGACGCCAGGAAGGACGACGGGCUGCAGACGAGGGAGACCAUCUACACCAGUUACUUGGACCGGCUGUUCAGCAAAAGGGAGGAGGCGGUGGAGGUUUUGGAGCCGGAAUCCGCGGAGGUGAAGUCUGCGGAGGACGGCUUCCUGCCCAGGAACGGAGAGAUCGUGUUCAACGUGCAGCUGGAGUCGCUCGCCCUCCCCGGGGUCGACGGCGCGGCCGAUUUACCGCUCAAGUCUCUACAGGCCACGCUAACGCCCUCGGCCGUCAAAUGUUCCCCCCAAAUCGCCCACAAAACCUACAGCAGCAUUUUUAAACAUCUGAAUUAAACCCCCCCCGCCCCAGUGCGAGAUUUCGACUUAUUUUUUUAUAUAUAUUGGUAGUGUAUUACUUUACUUGAAUCAUUUCAUACCUUUUAUGUAUGGUUACUUUUUAAGAAACCUUUUUUUUUUUUUUUUUUUUUUCCAAUUCUAUGACUUUAGUAGAUGACUUGAGUUGAUAAAUUCGUAAAGUGUCAGUCAACACACUUUCAACAUUUUACUCAUUUGAGCCCCUCUGAGCUUCAUAUCUGCAUCUUGAUUACAAAACAAACAAACAAACAAACUGGCAUGUCAUUUGCACACCGUGUAUUAUAGAUACAUGUACGAGGAGGUAAGUUAGAUGGGGAGGUUUUUUUUGUGAGAAGUUGAAGAGAGAGAAGAGGGAGAAAAGGAAAGGGUUUUUUCAUUUUAAGGUGAACAGAGGGACACAGUGAGAAAAUGCACUAAAAAAAAAAAAAAAAAGACUGACAUUUUGCUGUCCUCGGCCUGGACGAGGUCUUCGAAUAAAAAAAAACAAAACACCUGGUUAGAGGGGGGACAGGCAGGUAGAUUCACCUUAUUUCCAUAUUGAUCUUUU